UGCUGUGCGUAUUGUCAAGGCUUCUUACGAGUCGGCGGUCAUGUCGGACAUUAACUGAACUUAGCUGUUAUAGUUUUAACUUUGAUAAUCUAUUUCAAAGUGCUGAAAACCUCGAAGGGUGAACGGUGAAGACAGCGAUCGAUGAUUUAGGAGCAAAGCUACCAUUUUGUGUUUAGGGAGGUCGUUGUAGUUCAUGAAAAUGACCGAGUGUUUAGUAGUUGCUUUUGGUCUUUUAUUUACUCUUAGUAUUACAGUUGGAAAUUUAAUUGAAUCUUCCCUAAUGGAAGAAUGGAACCAAUUCAAGGAGCUGCACGGGAAAGAGUACGGCAGUGACGCUGAAGAUUCGUUCAGACGUCGCGUGUGGAUGCGCAACGUCGUCAAAAUUGCGGAGCACAAUCUGCGCUACUACCAAGCUGACCUCAGCUACACCCUCGCCAUGAAUGCCUACGGCGAUUUGUUACACCGCGAGUUCCUAGCCACGCAGGCCGGUACCAGACGACGUCCCAGGAAUAAAUUCAUCACGUCAUUAGUGGCUGACAUUCCUGCACCGACAACUGCGACAAACCGAACAAACAAUAACAGCAACCAUACUGAUGGCAACCACCUAAUCAUCAAUGGAAGCAACAAUUACGACAACAGUACGAGAGGCGGUGCAAGCAUCAACAGGACGCGGGUGCUGGAAGCGUCACCGAGCUAUGCUCCUCCUGAGUCAGUAGACUGGAGGCAGCGCGGCGGUGUAACGGAGGUCAAAAGGCAAGGUGCCUGUGGCUCCUGCUGGGCCUUUGCCACGACCGGAGCAGUGGAAGGACUGCACUUCAUCCAGACAGGAGAGCUGGUGAGUUUGUCUGAGCAGAACCUCCUCGACUGCGUCAACACGCCCAACGUGCGAGGCUGCAACGGCGGAGUGAUGGACGAUGCCUUCGUGUAUAUCAAGAACAACGGGGGCAUCGACACGGAGGAAAGCUACCCAUAUGAAGGUCAGAAGGGCGAGUGUCGCUACCGUCCCGAGUACCGCGCCGCGACCGACGCGGGCUUCGAGGACCUGCCUGACGGCGACGAGGCGGCACUGCAGCGCGCCGUCGCCUUCAACGGCCCCGUCGCUGCCGGCGUCGACGCCACGCACGCGGACUUCCAGUUCUAUAGUGACGGCGUUUACAAGAAUGAGAACUGCACCAAAGAGUUCCUGAACCACGGGGUGCUGGUGGUGGGCUACGGCACCACCGACGAGGGAGAGGAUUUUUGGCUGAUCAAGAACUCGUGGGGAGAAGAAUGGGGCGAGGGCGGCUACUACCGACUGGCGAGAAACGCAAAUAACAUGUGCGGCGUCACCUCUGAGGCUUCAUUCCCCUUGUGAUGGUUCCUCAUGAACAAUUAAGUUAAUGACUUAAUGUUAACCUCUAACUCCUUAAUAAGUUAGACCUCAUUAAGUCUUGAAUUGUUGCGAAUUUUUGUUGAAUUUGGUGAGUAAUUGUGAAUAUUUUCCAGAGUUAAAUUUCAGGAAGAUUAACCUCAACAGUAAUUCCCGGCUUAUGUAAAUCGGUUUUCACAUUUUUUGAAGUUCACAGUGAUGCUUUACCCGUCUAUUUUACUUCUGUUUUCUAUAGCAUCACAUUUUAAUUGAAAUCUAAUAAUAAAGAACAGAUUUUAAUUUCACUUAAAUAUAAGCUCAGAGUUUAUACUUGCCUUUUUUAAGUGAAAAAGUUUGCACUUGUCCGGACCGGAAAUCUGUCAAAACGUCUUCGACUUAAAAUAUUCUUCCGAAAAUGUGCGUCACGUAGUGAAACUUAGAAAGCUUUCUCGAUUCCAUUACUUUUUAAUGUCAUUAUUUAGGCUGUAAUAAAUUAAGCUGAUGCUUUGAGUUGAAUGCAGAACAGAGUAUUUGCAAUUUUUUUUAUUCAAAGCAAUAAAAUUUCUGUGCGUGCGUU